AUGUCUACAGGCCUCGUCGUCACAGCAAAGCAAACCUACUACCCUAUAGAAUUAUCAAACUCAGAAUUAUUAGCACACUAUGAAACAAUCCAAGAUUAUCAAAAUGAUAUUGCAACUGAUAUGAUCACUCAAUCAAAUAAAUAUAAACCAAACCCAAAGUUGAUAGAUCAACAACCUGAAAUGAACCCUCAAAAUACAAGACAUCAAAUCAUAUCUUUCCUUUUCGAAUUGUCAAUCAUGACUCGUGUCACUAACGGUGUAUUCUUCCAAUCAGUAAGAUUAUACGAUCGUUACUGUUCAAAGAGAGUCGUCCUUAAGGAUCAAGCAAAAUUAGUAGUGGCAACCUGUCUCUGGUUAGCUGCAAAGACUUGGGGUGGUUGUAACCAUGUCAUCAAUAAUGUCGUGGUUCCUACAGGUGGCAGAUUCUAUGGUCCAAAUCCAAGAGCAAGAAUUCCAAGAUUAGGUGAACUCGUACAUUAUUGUGGUGGCAGUGAUAUCUUCGAUGAAUCAAUGUUUUUACAAAUGGAAAGACAUAUCUUGGAUACUUUAAACUGGGAAAUUUGUGAACCAAUGAUUAACGAUUACGUAUUAAAUGUCGAUGAAAAUUGUUUGAUUCAAUAUGAAUUAUACGAAAGACAGGUGGAACAGAAAAAGAUCUGGUUAAAUAAGAGACAAUCACAAUCUUCACAGGAUAGUGAUGCAACCGUAGAUGACGAAAAUAUCAACGUUAAUGAAGAAGAAGAUGAAGAUUUAAAUUUAAAAAUUCAAUUAAUUAAUUUGAAAAAAUUUUUAACCGAUCUAUCUACUUGGCAAUACGAUUUAUUAGAUUUUGAAAUCUUCGAAAUGGCUCAUGGUCUUUUCUCCAUUAUCAAUAGAUUCACAAAUCAAGAUCAAGGCCCUUUUUUACCAACUCCAGUACCAUCAAUAAGUAAACAAACACAAUUAUCCAACAUCUUCAUGACUGCAAUUUUAAAUAUUCCAUCUUCACUUUUGGAAGUCUAUAAAGAUCAAAAGGGUAUUCUUGACUUCAUCAAAAAUGUUAAAGAUUAUCACUUCAACUUACAAAAAAGAUUACAUAUUGCAACAUCUCUCGAUCUAUCCAGAAGAAACACAACAGUCGCUGCCACUACCUGCAAUUCAGAACAUUCUUCAUCCAUCCCAUCUCCUGUCUAUUCAAAUCAAAGUUACACUCCUAUGAGAAACGUAAGUGCACAAUCAGAAAGUAGUGUAUUCAGUGCAAUGAUGAGCCAAGCUUCUCCAAUUACACCAACAAUGUACACAUUCCAACAUAAAAAUGAAAGCGCUUGCACAAGUACAAUAAGUGUAGCAAGUCUGCCAAAUAAUAAUAAUCAUGUCAAUAAAAAUGGCGAUCUUUAUUUUAGUGAAAAUAACAAAGAGAACGAAAUCCCUGCACAACAUAUGGCUCAUCAAAUACCACCAAAGGCAAAAUUUAUAAAUACCGGCAUAUUCAGCUCACCAAACAAUAGUACGGCAUCCAGUAAUAGAUCCUCCAUGAUCUCAUUAGCCAUCGGAAAUGUAAAUAACAUGGUAUGA